AUGGACACUCCCAAAAUAAUUUGCUAUUUCGACAUUUGCAGUCCUUUUAGCUUCAUUGCCUUCCAUAUACUAAAAACUUCCCCUGUUUUCGUGACAUGCAAGAUUGAAUACGUUCCCAUCUCUCUGAGAGACCUAUUUCAGACGUGCAAUAAUACGCCUUUUUUUGCGGUUAAGAGUAAAAGCUUCUUUCUUCCUCCUUGGACAUCCAAUACCCAGCUUUGUUUUCUUUCCGACAAGUUCCAAUGGAUUAACCGCGAACGUCUCUACUGGGCUCGUCGCUUCCAGGUUCCCAUGUCUGAAGCCAUCCCAGAAGGAUUUCCCGCAUCGACUUCAGAAGUCCAGUCGGCUCUUUCCCUUGUCGCUACCAAGUUCCCUGAUAAGCUAGUUCCCAUCGUGGACAAGCUUCAUCGUGGAUUCUGGGAAGAGGGGAAGUCCAGUGUCCUCACUCAGUCAGGUUUCGCUUCUAUCUUUGAGGAUGAGCUUAGCGCUGAUAACACAAGGCAUAUUCUGAAUGAGUCAAAGGGAACAGAGGCAAAAGCCAUUCUGGACGAAAGUACACAAAGGGCUUUUACAUCCGGUGCCUUUGGUCUGCCUUGGUUUGAUUGUAUCAAUUCUCAGGGAGAAAAGGAAAGCUUCUGGGGGGUUGAUCAUUUGGGUCGUCUUGUGGACUUCUUGCAGCUGGAUGCCAGCCUAGACCAAGCUUUCCGGGUCUUGCUCUGA